AAAUCAAAACCAAUUCCCUGCAGGGAAAGAAAACUAGAAAAACUCCUAAUCUUCUUCUCUGUAAUCCUCAAAAAUGAUAGAUAUAUUAUUCAGCACAGGUUUUGUUUGGCUUUGGGUGUGAAUGGGCCAAACAAAGAGCACAGGAGCUGGAUCAGAGCUGGGAGCAUAUGUACAGCAUCAGGUAACACAGAACAGUGUUUAAUUACAUCCUUGGUUCUGACGGCCCAGACCGAACUUGUCCCUGGACGAGCAGCCAGAUGUCAUCCCCCUCCACUCAGUCACACACACACACAUGCCAUUGUCUUCAGUAUUAAUUUGAGCCGGACCUUGCCCUCUUGACAUGGCUUGAUUCAUGAGGAGACGAGACACAGACUCUGAAUAGUUGAUGAGCUGGUGAGAAAAGAAAAGAGGUGUAUCAGGCUAGGGUGGGGGCAGAAAUAGAGCGAGGCUGACAGAAAGGGAGGGAUCUGGAAGGCGCGUGUGCACUCACUCUGCUCCACACAGCUUCAGCAACGCACUGAGGUUGGAAAAUUACCUUGUGACCAAAGAGGGGGGGGGAAGGUCAGGACUGGUGCAGUCAUAGACAGAGAAGAAGAUUAGAAGAAGAAGAAGCUGCAGGAGGGGAGGAUGGAUAGUGCGAGCGGCUGAUCAGAGAGGACCGAGCCGAGUUGGGGACAUGGAGAAGCUGAAAGGUCCCGGCAUCCCCACGGUGGCCACCUGUGGAUGGAGAGCCCUGCUUCUCCCGCAGCUGAACAGGCAGUCGCUGUACGUGUACGGCAGCGAGGUGGCCGUGGAGAAGGAGUGCAUCAAACAGCUGCAGAGCGGAAUCUUUGUCAUUCACCCGUUCAGCCUCAUGAGGAGUUAUUACAUCAUGGCCAUGAUGGCCAUUACGUUCCUGAACCUGAUCGGGAUUCCCAUGGAGAUUGCCUUCCUGGACGCCACCAGCGGUUUGGCAUGGGAGGGAUUUAACGUGUUUUCAGACACUCUGUUCCUGAUAGACGUGGCUCUGAAUUUCCGUAUGGGCUUCAUAGUCGAGGACAGCGAGGAAGCCGUUCUGGAUAUCAAGCGGAUCCGGCUCAAUUACCUGAGGACAUGGUUCAUACCAGAUGUCAUAGCUGCUUUCCCGAUUGGCUACAUUCUGCUGUUUGCGGGGUUACACUACCAUAACGACGACAAUCCCUCCAAGACCAACAAGGUGAUGAGGAUCCUGAUGUUUGUGCGGAUCAUCAGCCUGAUCCGCCUCGCUCGCGUGUCCAGGCUCGUCAGGUUCUUCAACGAGGUGGAGAAAGUGUCAAAUGCGAACCUGGAGGUGGUCCGCCUCUUCUUCCGCGUCUUAUCUUUGUUCAUGAUGAUUUUCCUUAUGUGUCACUGGAACGGCUGCAUCCAGUACUUUGUCCCCAUGCUGGAGGAGUUCCCCACCGACUGCUGGGUCCGCAGGGGGAACCUCAUGAAUGCUACAGUGAUCGAGAAGUACUCCUGGGGAGUUUUCCGAGCUCUCUCCCAGAUGAUCGCUCUCUCUUACGGCUCUGAGGACGCUCCAACAAAUUAUAUCGAGUUGUGGAUCGUCAUGGUGAGCAUGGUGUCCGGCUGUCUGAUGUACACCGUCCUCGUCGCCAACGCCACCGCCAUGAUCGUCAACGUCGACCCGGCGUCCAAGGAGUACAAGAGCAAGAUGAGCCAUUUGGAGCACUACAUGACCUUCAUGAAGCUGCCGCCCGAACUGCAGCUGCGUAUCACCACCUACUACCAGGCUCGCUACGGCGGGAAGUGGUUUGACGAGAAGGACAUCAUGGACACGGUGUCGUCAGCGCUUAAGGAGCAAAUCCUGACGGUGAUGUGCAGCAAGCUGCUGAGGAAAGUUCCCAUGUUUCACAGCCUGGACGAAAGCUUCAUUAGGGCCGUCCUCUGCAAACUGGAGUACGAGGUCUUCCAGGCGGCAGACGUGGUCGUGUGGGAGGGCGUCCCAGGAAACCGCAUGUACUUCAUCGAACACGGCCAGGUCCUCAUGGAGUCGGACUCCUACGAGAAGGAGCUGUGCGAUGGAGACUAUUUUGCAGAGACAUGCAUGCUGACCAAAGGCAAACAUCUGGCCACAGUGACGUCGCUGACCGACUGCCAGUGCUUCACUCUGUCCCAUGCCAACCUCCAGAAGGCGCUGGAGGGCUUCCCGGAUCUGAAGAAGGACUUUGACAAACUGGCUCUGCUCAGCACUGAUUGUGGAUCCGUGUAAGACCAAAAACUUUGACCUCUUUUUUUUUUUUUUUUUUACUCUAUGCCGCAGAGAUUACUAAGGACAAUUUAUGUGAUGAUGGACUAAAAAAGACUGAGGCUGUUUACUUCAUGUGGACACGUACCUCACAGAUGAGAAGGACGGGUUACUUACUCAUGUUAUUAGCAAUAAAUAAUCAACAUUAUCACAACUCCACAUUAAAAACGGGUCAAACAUCUGAUGUCUGAUAAUAAACAUCUGUCUGUCCACGU